GGUACCUGUGAUAAUAAAUCAUUUCUAUUUCACUACGUAAUAUACACUUUGUCAUCAAUAACUGGACUUGUCUUAUUUUACCAUAACGAAGAUGACUCAAGAUACGUCCCAAAUUCAGGUUAUCCUCUCUCAGCUUCAAACAGCUGGUGGUUUAUACAAAGCGAAGACGCCAGGGGCCCGCGAGAAGCUCAUGAGUCUUAGUCAUGACCUAAUUUCGAGCCUAGAGUUGCCUAGCGAGGCGAUAAUGCGAAUGGGAUGGGCAGAACCAGCCAAAGCGGCCAAUUGCCGCACUGCAGUUGAUCUCAAGAUAUUCGAACACUUGAAACAGAGUGGCGAAGCUGGCAUCACUGCCAAGGAGCUCGCAGCAAAGUGCAGUGCAGACGAUGUCUUAAUUUCACGGAUCAUGAGGCAUCUUGCUGCUAUGAAUGUAGUCAGUGAGAAAAGCGAGAAUACAUACUCUACUACCCCAUUAGCCGAAGCUCUUUCAGAGUCUAGAUAUAGGGAUGGCAUUCUAUUCCUCUACGAUGUUGCCGGUGUAUCGUUUCGCCACUUACCUGAGUAUCUUAAGAACACCGGUUAUGCACUACCAACAAGUGUAAUAGAUGGACCAUUCCAAGCAGCACAUAAAACAGAGUUAUCCGCCUUUGCUUGGUUGGACAAAACUCCCCCUUACCUCCAGGCCUUCAAUAACUACAUGUCAGCUUACCGGUUCGGAAAACCGUCCUGGGUUGACCCCGGAUUUUAUCCCGUGUCUGAUCGGCUCAUCGAGGGUUUCAACUCUGAUCACAGCGACGUUUUCCUCGUGGACGUUGGUGGGGGUAAGGGCCAUGAUUUGCAUGAGUUGAAGGCGAAAUAUCCCCUAAUUCCUGGCAAGCUUAUCUUGCAGGAUCGGCCGGCAGUCAUCUCCACCGUUUCCGACGACAGCUUUGAAGCGGUCUCCCACGAUUUCUUCACUACCCAACCGAUCAACCACGCCCGUGCGUAUUAUCUCCACUCUAUUCUUCAUAAUUGGGGAGACGACGACUGCAUAAAGAUCUUACAGCAGUUGAAACCUGCUAUGAAGCCGGGAUACUCCAGAUUACUUCUCAACGAAAUCGUGGUGCCUCGCCAGAACCCCACGUGGCCGAUCACGUCCAUGGAUCAGCUAAUGCUUGUGCUUGCCGCUAUACAAGAGCGGACCGAAGCACACUUGACUGAGUUACUGAAGAAAGCGGGGUUCAAUAUUGUCAAGAUCUACAGCUAUGAAUUUGGUCAGGAGAGUUUGGUUGAAGCGGAGCUAGAUGAGACAACCCUAUGAAAACUCGGAAGUAGAAAAGGGGUUGCUUAUGGCUAAAUAGUAGUGGCCCGAUCGAGGGAUAAGGUGAUACACCAGUAGCCCCAGCUCGGAUCGUGAUGGCAAAUAUAUUAUUCAUUGGUACAAUGAUGUCUAGCAUGGUUAGGUGCGCAGGUGCGUUUCCCCUGAACAUAGGGCACCGAUCAACUCCAUUCAAACGACUGCAUUUACUCAAAUUGAACCAAGGUCGACAUGUAUUUAACAUAGCCAUUUGAAAAUAUUUAUAAAUUGACUAUAGUACCUGGUUA